GGGGCGUCGGGAGCGGGCGGUGCGGGGCCGGGGUGGAGCGGGGCGAGCGGCGUCGGUGCCGGCGUCGGCUGAGACCUCCUGGGCCGCGUCUCUGGAGCGGGAAACGCGGUGCCGUGUGCUCAGGCUGCCCUCGGUCUUGACAGCUGAUCUGCCCCGCCGGGCUGUUCUCUGUCUGUCCGGUAUAAAAGCAGGACUCCGCUCAGAUGUGCGAACGGCUCCGAGCUCGAACUCGGGGAAGUGGUGAUGCUGUUGCACCGCCAGCACAGCGUCGGAAGCGCUUAAGGGCUGUUCAGAAUUGCUUCAGCUCUGACUCGGAGUUGCUUGCUGGGGAUGAUUUGGUGUGGUAAAGAGCAUCUUGACUGGAAAACGAGUUGAUAGUGUCUGAGCCUAUUUCUGCACUUGGUGAGAGGAUUAUUGUUCUCAAAGCUGUGACUGCCGAAGUAACUUGUUGAGGGAGAGGAACGUGAGAAAAACAGGACAACGUGUGUGCAGUUACAGUUACUACAGCUAAGUCAGCAUUGUGACAUUCCAAAGUUUGGAGCUGAAGCUGCCCUCCUACAAAGGCCAAUCUCCCCAGUUACAUCUGAGAAGAUACUUUGCAGAUCUGAUUGCCAUUGUGAGCAAUCGGUUCAGACUCUGUCCUGCUGCACGACAUCUAGCUGUGUAUCUGCUGGACCUCUUUAUGGAUCGCUAUGACAUAUCCAUACAGCAGCUGCAUGUGGUUGCUCUUUCCUGUUUACUUUUAGCAAGUAAAUUUGAAGAAAAGGAAGACAGUGUUCCCAAACUUGAACAACUGAACAGCUUGGGAUGUAUGACUAAUAUGAAUUUGGUACUAACAAAACAGAAUUUGCUUCAUAUGGAGUUACUAUUGCUAGAAACAUUUCAGUGGAAUUUGUGCCUCCCAACUGCUGCUCAUUUCAUCGACUAUUAUCUUUCUAUUGCUGUCCAUGAAACUGAUCUUCAUGAUGGCUGGCCAAUGGUUUGCUUGGAGAAGACUAAGUUAUAUAUGGCAAAAUAUGCUGAUUACUUUCUUGAAGUAUCGCUACAAGAUCAUGCAUUCUUAAAUUAUGCCCCUUCUUUAGUUGCCACUGCAUGUGUAGCUUCUUCAAGGAUUAUCUUACGCCUCUCACCAACAUGGCCUACUCGACUGCAUCAUCUUACUGCAUACUCCUGGGAUUUUCUAGUGCCAUGUAUUGAACGCCUAUUAAUUGCACACGAUAAUGAUGUGAAGGAAGCAAACAAGCAAAAAGGACAACAUGCUCAGUCUGCUCAACAUACUGUAUUUCAGACCCCAGGUCCGACUGCCCAGCAGGCUAAUGUUCAAUCACACAUACCACAGUAUCUCCAAGCUCAUCAGUCUUCAUUACAGUAUCAUCAUCAGACAUCACAACAGCAAAACUGUCAACAGAUAGUAUCAGCUAAUCACGCAGCAUCUUAUCCACUUCAGACUUGCCCUGCUGCCUUACAGUCUAGUGUCCAGGCUCGAUCCCAUGUACAGACUGGUGCUGCUAUGUCAUUAGCUGUUCCUCUAGAAGUGAAGCCAUGUAUAAGUGUCUCCUACAACCGGAGUUACCAAGUGAAUGGACGAUAUUCCUGUGUUACUCCCUGCUUUGAGAGGUGAUAAGUACAAAACUGAUCUUGUGCUUGUUUAUGGGGGGCAGGAAGUUGCAUUGAGGGGGAAUUAUUUUGCUUUUGUUUAACCUCAAAUAUGUUUGAGGGCAGGAAGUUGUAUUAAAAAAAAAAAAAGUGUCUUUCCAGGAGAAAAAAAAAAAAGCAACUGGAUUGGCAAUUGUACUGUAGCUCAAGUACAGACUGCUAAAACUAAGCACGCGGAACAUCUGAAAGAAUGUGUAUACCUGGGCAUAGUAACUUCUUACUCAGGCACUCAGAAUAGUCUGUGCUUCUAAUGCACAUACUUGAAAUAUUAGCCAAAAGAAAAAUGGCUGUGGACUAACUACAGAAUUACUGUUUAAUGAAGGAGAUACGCAGUAUUAUUUUUGAAGACAUUUAUGUAAUACACCAUACAGUAUUAACGUUUACUUUAAAUUUACUGAAACUUAAGAAUCCACUGAAUGCCAGACUUUUCCAAAUAGGGACCAGAGGAAGAAACAAAUUUCAUUUUGAUAACUCCAUGCUCUUGCUUUUGUGUUGGAUAUUUGCUUUAGAUAUUUGCAUUUGAGUUAACUGGUAUUGUGGCUAGUUUUUAAGUUUUGUACCUCACAGAAUAGAUACUAUGUUUUUCCUUCUUUUUUACUUCCUUGUCCUUUUUGUUUAAAGUAACUCUUUCAUACUAACUCAGGGAAUUUUCUACUCAUUACUUUGCGCUGCUGGUUUGUUCGCUUAAUUGGGUAUAACCUGAGGGAGAAAGGGAAGAGAUUAUAGCAAACAGAGUGGCUUUUCUUCAGGGCAUCUACAUACCAAGUACCAAAGGGAUGCAUUAGUGUUCACAGAAUGUAGAUGUGAACUACUGUCCAGCAGUGAGGUAUUAAUGAUUGAAGAAAAGAGAAAGUUUCAUCCGAAGCUUGUGCUGUGCCAGAAUUGUUGCAGUGGCUGUGAUUCCUCCAUGUACAUGCACACACAACAACCAAGUAUCCUCCAAUUGUACUGGCAGUAUCAGUUGUACAAAAAAAAAAAAA